CGUCGGACAUGUUGAUUCUAAACAAAUUAGAGGCUUGAAAGGAAAGUUUCCACACGUCAAUGUGUCGUCAAGGUUGUCAUGAAGUAAGUUUGAAGCUUGCACUAAGGCACAGUGAUGGCGGAAAUAGCCUCGGCUUGAGUACACCACGUUUUGGCGGGGUAGCGAGCGGGCUCCACAGCCAGACGUGGAUUUCUGAAGCCCAACAAAGCACGAGUGAGGACAAAUUUUAGAUAUUCAUUCGAUGCCCAUUCCACCAACAAUGGCAUCUGCACCUGACACUAGACGACGACCCAUAAAACGCCUCCUUGUUGCAAAUCGGGGAGAAAUUGCAACUCGAAUCAUAUCUACAGCACGAGAGCUAGACAUCGAGACUUGCUCAAUUUACACCACCAAUGAUACAUCUCAUACUCACGGAUCCACAUAUUCAAUCCGGCUUAAAUCACCGGCUUCAUAUCUAGAUAUACCAGAACUAGUCGACAUCGUUAAGAAGUACAAGAUAGACACCGUUCAUCCCGGAUAUGGCUUUUUAUCGGAAUCCCCCGAGUUUGCUCAGCGGAUGUGGGACGAAGCAGGAGCUCUCGUGAUCGGACCGGGACCAGAGAUCCUUGACAGAACUGGAGAUAAACUGCAAGCAAGACUACUUGCUGAAGAGUGCGGCGUUCCUGUCCUUUCUGCUUUGAGGACUCCCACCAAUGAUGUUGGAAUUUUACAAAAGUUCGCUGCUUCGGUUGGGUACCCUAUAAUUAUCAAAGCAGUGGAUGGUGGAGGUGGUCGAGGCAUUAGAAUCGUAAGGAAAGAAGACGAAUUAUCAUCUCUGGCAAGGAGGGCAUUACAAGAAAGUCCAAGUGGGAUGGCGUUUGCAGAAAAGGCAGCAAUUGAGGGUUACCGACAUGUCGAAGUCCAGAUUGUGGGCGAUGGAAAAGGAAACGUGCGUCAUCUAUGGGAGAGAGAAUGCAGCAUCCAAAGGAGAUUCCAAAAGGUUGUGGAGUUUGCUCCAAGUUCUGUACGGGAUCGGAAAUUGGUAGGCGAAGUGAUCAAGGCCGCUGUAAAGAUGGCGCGAAAGGUCAAUUACUCCUCACUGGGAACUUUCGAGUUUCUGGUCAAGGCCUCGCCCCCUGAGUUUUAUUUCCUCGAAGUCAAUCCGAGACUUCAAGUUGAACAUACAAUUACUGAGUCGAUAGCUAUGGGCAUUGAUCUUGUUCAAAUGCAGCUACUUCUGGCUCAAGGGCAAUCACUCUCUUCGCUCCCGAUCUCCAAAAUUCCUGAAGAUCCUGAGACGCCUCCUCCAUUUCACUCUCUUCAGCUUCGAGUCACAGCUGAGCAUGUCUCACAUGACUGGUCUCUGAGUGUCGGCAAGAUCAAUUCAUUCCGAUUUCCGGCGGGUAAUGGCAUCAGAGUAGAUAGCCAUCUACUUCCGGCUCAGCAAACUGUGGUUGGUACAGACUUCGACAGCUUGAUCGCGAAGAUCAUCAUUACUGCGCCAACCUGGAAAGAUGUGGUCAGGAAAGCGAAGAGAGCCUUAGCUGACACAUACAUUGAAGGCAUCAAGACCCAUUUAGAUGUCUUGCGGGGUAUCGUUGCAAGUGAAGCAUUUCUAAAACAAGAAUGCGACACGAGAUGGCUGGAAACGAACCUGCCUACUGUGCUGGAGGAAGGAUUACGCAUAUCUAAGACUACAACACAAAUAUCACUAGCAAGUGAUUCAAGUGCGGCGAACAACUCGGUGUCAGCAGCAUCAAACGUCCUGUUUCGGAAAGGAGAUGCAUGGUCCAUCUCUCUUACCCCUGAGUCCUCGCCUAGAAGCGAAGCGACACCAACACCAUCUCAUCUACAACUUACCCGUGUGUUAAGAAACGAAUUCCCUUCCUCACUUACAGCUUCUAUACUCUACAAUACACCAGAAUCUAAGGCACCAACUCCAUACCUGCUGACUCUUGCCUCGACCACUGCGUCCUUCGGUUCUCUCACCAGUGCUGCAACUCAUAGACGGGGCGAUCCAGGUAAUCAGAAUCAUAUCACUCUUCCCUUUGCUGGGAAGCUGAUGGAGUUACUGGUUGAUGAAGGCGAUGAGAUUUUGAAGGGCGAGACCGUGGCGGUAGUGAGGCAGAUGAAGAUGGAAUUGGAAAUCAGAGCGAGCAAAGGUGGGAAAGUGAUUUGGGUGUAUGAGGGGGAGGAGGGAGAUGACGUGGGGGAAGGAGUAUUAGUCGCCGAGAUAGAGGGCAAUGCUUCGAGAUUAUAGAGAUGAUGCAGGUUGAAACGAUCAAUAAUCGAGCCUUUGAAAGUUUCAGGGUUGAAGCCUUAAACGCGUCCUUUGCGUCCUCAGCUUCAAGUUACGUAGAAUCGUCG